UCAUGAACAGGCAGAAAGACGCUUAUUUUGGUUCCUCCAAGCACUCGUUUAGAAAAACUACGUGGCCGCAGUCAAUUAGCAAUUAACGGUUAGAUCAUUUAAUUAGAAGCUAACUAGCCUCAGCCAGUUAAGCUAGCGCAUGUAGUGCUUGGAGACUUCCGUCUGACAAUAGAAGGCAGAUCUGGUGCUGUGUCUGUCACCCCCUCUGGGUUUUCCCCUCAGUGCUUGGUCUGCUCCAUUUUGCAUCUGAAAAAAUCUGGUAGUUGGAGAAGAGUUCUUCAUGUCAUGGACUGCUGUCGCCUCAGCACGUAGAGUACUGCUCUGGGAUUGCAUAAGAUAAAAUGGAAGCCAAAGAGCUGAGUGAUCCCCUGAACAACGUAUCACGAAUUAAAGACGACCUAACUAGGACAAACAUGGGAUCCUCUGGAGACUCAGAAAAAAUGAUCCAGCGCCUGAGUGAUGAACUUCGAGAAGCUCAGGAGCUGGCAAAUACUGAGAAAGACAAAUGCAUUGAGCUACAGGGAAUCCUAGAGGAAGAGAGAAAAGAAAACAAACUACAAGCUGAUGAAUCUGCAAAACAGAUAAAGCUUCUUAAAGGCCAGCUGCGGCAGCUCCAGGAUGAGAUGGGCCACCUUAGACAGCAAAUGGACGUCUCCUCCAGCUCACGCGAUGAACUACAAAGUGCACGUGAUGAGGUCAAAGCACUGAAACACUCUCUGGAGGCGGCAGGUGCUGAGCACAAACGGGAUGUUGCUGCCAUCCAGGGUAACCUGGCAACCACCUUGAAGGAUCUGGACAAAUGGCGUCAGACUGCCAACAAAUACGAGCGCGAGAUUGACAACCUGCAGCGCGACCUUCAGCAGCAGAGCAAGCAGUGGCAGAAAACCGCAGAAAUACAAGCCAGUGAGCUGCAAUCGAUGCAGGUGGAGUGCAGCAGCCUUCAGAAGGAUUGCUCUGCGCUGCGAUCGGAGAAGCAGGAUAUCGUAAGUAAGCACCAGAAGGAACGAAGCAGUCUGCAAAAUGACUGCGCGUCCCUCAGGGCGGAGAAGGAGGAACUGCUGAAGACUCACCAGAAAGAGAAGGGCACCCUGCAGAGUGACUCUGCAGCCCUGCGCUCCGAGAAGGAGGCGCUGCUGCAGAAACAGCAGCAGCUGGAGAAGGAAGUGGCGAGUUCUCAUGCCCAAAAUGCUGAGCUGACCAAAAGUCUCAAAAACCUGGAGAAAUCCCAGCAGGAGUUGGAAAAGAGGCUGGCGGCUCUACAGGUCCAGCACCAGCAGGACAGCACCGUGAUGCAAAGUCAACUGGAUGAAGCAGACGGCCGCAGCAAGGCUCUGCAGAGAGAGUUUGAAGAAGCCAAGUGUGAGCUGGCCGACCUAAAGGAAAAGUACGAGAGCAGUGAACGGGAAAAACAGUCACUGGCAGAUGAGCUUGAGCAGAGCAAAGUGAACAUGAAGGAGUUACAGGAGAAAGGAAGCAAGACCUCCCUAUUGCUGCCUGUUCAAGCCAUAGUCAUCGGCGUUAUCCUGGCUUUGCUGUAUUGGUGCUUCGGCGCAUUGUGGUAGUAAGAAACCGUGGAUGAUCUGGGGGCCUGUGGUUGCUGUGGCUGUAACCGCUGUGACCGUUGCCGUGCUCUUCAGGACCUGAGGGAACCUCGCACAUGCGUCUGCAUUUGUCUGCACUGAAAAACUUGCCCCCUUUUCAUAUCACGCUACUAAUUAGGUGGGCUCGUACCUAACACUUUAAUUUUUAAGAUGCUCUAUUUUAGAUGGCAGAUGUUAAUAAAGGAAUGUUAGUUUUGUGUGCAAAUAAAUACAUUUGUAUGUCUAUUUAAUAACGAAUGUAGAGAUAUAUAAACUCUGUGUGACGGUACCUUAGGUGGAUUUUCUGGACUUUGAAUCUCCUAAAUGUGACACAUCUCUGUAACUGUCAGAAUAAUAAAUGCUAUCACAGUGA